ACACACACACACACACACAAAACUGAUUAGUACAUACUGUCACUGUACCAUUCCCACCCAGGUUGCAAGAACGUGCGCGUUCUCGUUGAAAACUGUUUGCUUGCGUAACGACGUCACGUCCAGUGCGCUGUUACGUACAAGAAUGAAUUACGCACUUGUCACUGCGGGCGCGAGCGAGUUGUUUGUACUCGGUCUGAACGAAUUCACGCCUGAGGUCCGCUGACAGACGGGAUAAGAAUAUCCACCGAGGCUAAACCGCUGCUACAGGGAGGCAAAUACGAGAAACUUUCAUUACAGCGCUUCACAGAGAAGGUUCUGGAGUUGGCGCUGUAGCUCGAGCAGCUUGUUUGGAGAGAGAGAGAGUAUGACGAGCAGAAUUCCAGCCUGCCAGAAUGCGACGCUUGUUAGGUUGAAUUAAAGACUUAGCAGUUUAGCAUGGCGUGUUUAUCUUGACACUGACAACUAAGUGUAGCUAUAUUUUGUGUAUAGCUACCCAACUGUAAUGGUCUUUAUUAUGUAGUGAUGUAUAAAUUAAUUGUUUUUUAGUGUUAGGGUUUAUGCCGUCGUAUUUGAGAAGGCUGCUCGCGCGUUGUUGGGAUAACUCGCUUAGCAAAACGAGCAAAUGAGCAGAUUUACGAAUAAGACGCCUUUCAUUAGUCCACCGGAGAGCCCUGAAAAUGGAGGUUCGGUCGUCGGGAGCACGGACUGGGGCCUGGGUAAUGCCGGGUUCCCGUGCUCCUACGAUGACUCCUUGGCGGUGCAGUCGGAUGUGGAUAGGCACCUGGGGCUUCUCCAUAACCGGCAGGACGCCAUGGCGCUGCGCUUGGACCAGUCUUACCGGAGCGGUACCGAGUCCUACCUCGACGGCUCUCAGAUGGACUACAGCGAGAACAACGGAAACACGAGUCCGCUGGAGAGCAGGAGAAAACACCGCUCCGGCGCUCCCAGACAGCGCUUUGAGGUGGUAGCGGAACUCGGGCCGGAGGAAGUACGCUGGUUUUAUAAGGAAGACAAGAAGACGUGGAAACCUUUCGUCGGGCACGACUCCCUAAGAAUCGAGCUCACGUACCGCAAGCUGUGUGAACUGAAUUCGGACCAGGAGGGUGGCUCAGGCCACGCUGUACCGGACGGAGAGGAUCCGUGUGAGCAUGCGUCAGCCGUGGCCUCGGUACAGAGCUGCGAGCAGCUCCAGGAGACAGACCUGGAGAUCAGCAUUGAGGCAGUGUGUGUCCGAGGAGGACUCUACGAGGUGGAUGUCCGAGAGAAAGAGUGCUAUCCUGUGUACUGGAACCAGCAGGACUGCAUCCCUGUCAUGAGGGGACAGUGGUUUAUAGACGGCACAUGGACGCCGAUGGAGGAGGAUGAGAGUGACCUCAUAGAGAAGGAGCACCUGAUGUGCUUCCGGGGACAACAGAUGCAGGACACUUUAGAAAAUGAUGUGGUGGCCAAGACGGUGGAUAGCAAAGAUGCCGUCCACAGCCUAAAGCUAAGUCGCAGCCAUGUUGACUGGCACAGUGUUGAAGAGGUGUAUCUGUACAGCGACGCCACUACCUCCAAGAUCGCCCGCACUGUCACACAGAAGCUUGGCUUCUCAAAAGCCUCAAGCAGUGGCACCAGGCUUCAUCGAGGCUAUGUGGAGGAGGCCUCUUUGGAAGAUAAGCCCCCUCAGACAACCCACAUUGUCUUUGUUGUGCAUGGCAUCGGACAGAAGAUGGACAAAGACCGUAUUAUCAAGAACACAGGCAUGCUGCGAGAGGCUGUGCGGAAAAUGGAAGAGAGACACUUUGCUGAGCACACAGAGGAGCAUGUGGAGUUCUUGCCAGUAGAGUGGCGCUCCAAACUGACCCUGGAUGGAGACACAGUCGACUCCAUCACGCCAGAUAAGGUGCGGGGGCUGAGAGACUUACUGAAUAGCAGUGCCAUGGACAUCAUGUAUUACACCAGCCCGCUCUACAGAGAUGAGAUUACUAAAGGCCUGACCCAGGAACUCAACCGACUGUACUCACUCUUCUGCUCUCGGAACCCAGAGUUUGAGCAGAAAGGGGGCAAAGUAUCCAUCGUUUCCCACUCUCUAGGCUGUGUGAUUGCAUACGACAUCAUGACAGGGUGGGACCCAGUGCGUUUUCGCCUCCAGGAGUUUCAAGAGCCUGAUGACGAGGAGCUGCGCUGGAUGAGCUACAAAGAGCGCCAUCUAUUGGAGCAGGUGCAAAGUGCCAGACAAAGAUUGCGAGAACUGGAGGAUCAGCUUCAGGGUCUGGAGGCUACUAAACCUCCAGCUACUCCUGAAUUGAAGUUUAAGGUGGAGAACUGCUUCUGCAUGGGCUCUCCCCUAGCUGUGUUCUUGGCCUUGCGUGGCAUUCGACCAGGGAACACUGGAUACCAGGAACACAUCAUGCCAAAAUCCAUCUGCCAGCGCCUUUUCAACAUCUUCCACCCCACGGACCCAGUGGCCUAUCGACUGGAGCCUCUUGUUUUGAAACACUACAACAAUAUUGCACCUGUCCAAAUACACUGGUGCAACACCUCCAAUCCCACUCCAUAUGAUGAAAUGAAACCCCCCACGUACCUGAACCCAGUGAAGGAUCCAACUUCAGACACAGAGAGUCUCCCCAGCCCCAGUACAUCACCUGUAAUGUCCCGCCGACCCUAUGGCGAUUCCAUCACCACACUGGGCAAGGCCAGCAUACUGGGUGCUGCCAGCAUUGGAAAAGGCAUUGGAGGAAUGUUGUUCUCCCGUUUCUCGCGCUCCAGUAGUCAACCAUCUGAAGUGGAUUCUGGAGCAGUGGAGAGUGAGGAGAAGAGCCAGUCAGCAUAUAGCCUGUCUACCAUGUCUCAGUCUACCUCCACCAUCAUUGAUACUGCAGUGGAGAUGGAGCACCGCCUUGACUUUGAGCUGCGGGAAGGCUUGGUUGAGAGCCGCUACUGGUCAGCAGUCACCUCUCACACAGCCUACUGGAACUCUCAUGAUGUGGCCCUGUUCCUGCUGACCUUCAUAUACAAAUCACAGAGCUCAUCUGAGACAUCCCAAGACAAUCCUGACCCCGAGUGACCCAGAGAUAUGACCUCACACAGAUAGCUCUAUGUUCUCCCGUAGAGAUAUGAAAACACUCAAGCACACUCCCUCUCUCAUUUUGCCUCAUAAAAAUGCUUCUUUGUCAUACAAAGACUGAUUGCCAUUUUUCCUGUUGCUUGUGCAGCAACCUUUCCCAUUAACUCAGUAACCAUCAAUUCCUACUGGGCAUACUAUUUGAUACAUUGAGUAAACUUCUAGUCCUAGAAACAUUUUGUAAAGCUUUGUUUCGGGUGCUGUUAAGGCCUUUUCAGCCAGUCCCAUUUCAUUAGCAUUAGAUACAAUUGGCUCUGCAAGACGUGUGUGUGUGUGUGUGUGUGUGUGCGCGCUUCACCAACCCUGGAGCAGUCCACAUGGUUUAUGUAGCUGCAUCUUAUCCAAAGCAUAAACCAGACAUUAUUAAGGGCACAUAACACACAAGCAUGGACCCCUCCGUCCUGUUGAUCCUUUUGUCCGUUUAUUAUUAUUUAUCCACACAAAGACACUUACCAAGCAAAUGCAACAGUCCGAUGUCUUUAUUUAUUGAUAUAUUAAUAUAUCUAAGGAUCUUGCAUAGUACUCUAAUUUUUGGGAAAGGUAUUUCAAGAUUUAAAUGUUUAUUUUUAUUCCUGGAGAAUACUGGACCUUUUUAAUGACUAACACACAAUAUCUGGAUUCUCAAACUGGAGAAGGGUGAACCAUUAACAAACAAAAAAGUCCUUUUUAUACAGGAGAUAAAUAAUACAAAGCAAUUAUCAUAUUUUCUUGAUUUUACAACCAGAUGGUGCUGUCGGGAAGCAAAGUGAACAGUGCAUUUUCUUAAGCCAGUUAUAUGCCUGAUUCUACUUUGCAUGGAGUUUGAGGAUGAAAUUGCUGCUGCAUUGAUUUUGUAGCCAAACCUAACCUUUUAUAAUCCUGCCUGAGUCAGGCUGUGUGUUGAUGCAUUAACAUACUGCAUAUGUGCGCUGGUGCAUUGUUACUUUGGAGUACUAGAACUACUGUGUAGCUUCAAAGAGAUCGCCUCAUUGUUUCUUAUUAUUUCAACCUGAUUUCAGCCAAAUACAGUGGAGUGGAAUCAAAUAAACUGACUGGAUGAUCUGCUUUAUGUAAUUACACUAGCAGUUAGGCCAAAAUCAUGUGACUGGACUCAGAGAUUAGGAAGUACUUUGCAAUGUUCCUUUGACUCAGUGGUAGUGUGGUAUUCAGGCACCUUUUACCUUUAGGCCCAUAGUAAUAAACAGAGAUUAUAUAUUUUAUAUCUAUUUAGUUAUCAGUUGUGGAAUGAUGAUGAUAGUCCUUCAAAAUUGUGAUAUUCCAAUGAGAGGCCAAAUGUUUUCGCUAUAAAAUUGCUACUCAUAGAAGUACUGUUGGUUCAUGAUGAAGCUUUUCGUCCUGUGUCUUUUUUAAGCACUUUUGAGAUGUUAGAUAUGCAACGGGCAGAGAAUGGUUAGUGGGGAUUAUCCUUACAAAAUUAAAUGGUACUAACAGCCAGUUAACAGCCAGUAUCUACUUUAUUUAAUGUCUGCAUUGUGUUUAAAAUUCCAAAAAGCCAUACUACACCCCUCUAUGGCAAGGGCUGCAGUAUGUUAAUUUAUUUUGUUUUUAUCAUUGUGUGCCCACACAAGUGCAGUUAGUAAUUGUUAGUUAGGCUGUGUGGAUAUUUAAAAAUGGCCAGGUUGCCUUUGAGGACCACAGAGCCAGUUCUCUGUUGGGAAGCUGACGUGGCUUUUCCACUCGAGCUGAAGGAUGAGCUAGUUAUUUAUGACUCACUGUUACUGUUGGCAGUAGGAAACAGAAAUUAAUGAAGGACCAGACCUUGCACAUUACUGCAUGGCUAUAAAUUGCACAGAAUGGAAUAAAAGACCCUCUUGAUGUCCAGUUCUGUUUUUGCUACUUUGUACAUUGCAUUAUGGAAGAGAAUGCACCUUGCUUAUUUUGCUUGGAUUGUGAUAACAUUAUCCAUUUAAACAUUAAUCAUUGGCAAAAAAAAAAAAAAAAAAAUGUCUGAGGUUCUUACUCCAUCAUGGAGGGUUUGUUCUUUGGGACCCGUUUUUUUUCCACCUGCAAGCCAUGCCUCAGAAUCUCUGCAUGUGCCAGUAAUAACAAUGACUAAUGGAAUAAUUUGAAGCAAUUUACAUCUUCAUAAACGCAGUAGUACAUUUUCUGCAUUAGUGCUGCUUCUAGAUCUUUCAGACCAGCCAUUAAGAGAUUCAGAUGGUUUUCCUAAACACUUGACAUGGGCACAAUAAGAAAAUGUGUGCUUCAAUAUACAAUACACAGAUUAUGGGCUUUACUCAGAUGCAUGCUCAGGUUUGAGAUUUUGUGAUGUUUAGAGAUCUCUGGUCUUCUUGAAUAACAUUGAACCUAAGCUACACAUGCUAUUUUUGUAUUUGCUAAUUUAUUAUUUGCCUUUUAUCCUGGCAACUCACCAACUUGUCAUUGGAGAAAUAUAUGACUAAUCUUCCUGUGUGGUAUAGUAAAGAGUCCUCUUUUCUGUACACUGUUCUGUAAAAUUCAGUUAAAAGGCCAGUUUCCACUACGUUAUUGAUUGAUUAAUCCAAAACAUGAAAAAUGUCCUGGAUGACUGUUAUUUAAAUGUACUAAAGAUGUUGAGCUUGGAAAGACAUGCUGUGCAAUAACCCAUGCCUGUAAUGGAUUCAAACUGCCAUCGGAAUAACACUGUAUUUAUUUGAGUUUAUUAAAGCAUUACUCUUUUUUUGUU